ACACAGGAGAGCCCUCGCCUACCAGAUGCACUUUCCCGGGUGAAUAAACCUGUGGUUGAUGUACAUGUAAAUUCACAAAAUGAGACCUUAUCAUUGGAAAUGAAAAUUGAUUGGAGUGAGGCCAACCUCAUGCUUCACAAUAGCACCAAAGUACUUGCCUAUUUGAAAGAAUCAAUAAGAAGAAAGUCUGCUUCCACAGUGGAUCAGGGCAAGACUAUGUAUCUGUUCUUUGCUCUUAUAGAAAAGCAUUUUGCUGGGGUGUCCUGUGGUGUCAAGGAGGCCUGGGCAAGGGGCUGGUUGGGAGGUGGGCCCGAUGGACCAAGUGCUUUUGUUGAGGAGUGAGGCUCUGAGCUGGAAACAUCUCUCCUGCAUUCAAGUCUGUCUGAAGCACUGAAAACCAUACUUUCAGAGCAAAGAGCAGAAUAUAGGAAAAUGCUUCCAAGUGUAAAAAGUACCUCAAAUGAUCUGCAGGUGACACUGAGACUUCUGACUAUGCAAGCUUUUGAAGGAGCAAAGCCAUUAUGCCAGUUAAGGGGGGAGUUAAAAUAGUGAGAUUAAUGUACA